AUGUUCGCGGACGUGAGAAGGGUCGUGCAAGUGCUCUCUACAUGCAAUCAGGCUGACCAGGCUGAUACACACGGCAAGCUGAAGGACCUCGGUGUCAACGUUGACGGAUGGUGGUUUCCAGCGGGCAAGCUCGAUGAUUUCUGUACUAUCAACAAGCCGUUGGAUGCCGCCGUAGAGGUCGCUGCUCCAGCCGACGAUCAGCAAGUGGCCAGCGCAUGA